CAAGCGCGGACUGGAGGGGGAUUGCGCAACUGUAAGCAUAAAAGCGCGGUGCCAGGAGAAUCAGGCAUCCACUUAGUGGUCGCUGUUUCACUGGUACUGAUCGAGUUGCACAAUGACUGGUCGUGGUAAGGGAGGAAAAGGAUUGGGAAAAGGAGGAGCAAAGCGUCAUAGAAAGGUUUUGCGUGAUAACAUCCAAGGUAUCACCAAGCCAGCCAUCCGUCGUCUUGCUCGUCGUGGCGGUGUGAAGCGUAUUUCUGGACUGAUUUACGAAGAAACGCGUGGUGUAUUGAAGGUGUUCUUGGAAAACGUUAUCCGAGACGCCGUAACCUACACUGAACACGCCAAGAGGAAAACUGUGACGGCUAUGGAUGUAGUCUACGCCUUGAAACGUCAAGGAAGAACUCUUUACGGUUUUGGUGGUUAAUUUCCCUUGCUGCGCCCUUCUACGAACAAACGGCCCUUUUCAGGGCCAACAACAUUUUCAACGAUGGAAUUUUCUGUUUCAAAGAACCGUGUAAAUCGAUAAAGUAAUCAUGAAAGGCAAGACCCAUCAUAUAAAUCUAUGUUUACACCAAGGUUUACACCAAGUUUUAGAUGUCUUAUCAACCCUUCAUGGAGUUGUCUUUUUAGAUAUCAAAUGCUUGUUCCUUUGUCUGAAGUUAUACAUAAUGCAUAGUGAAAACGGUUGAAUGAGGUUAUAAAGUUGAAUAUUGUAGUUAUUUCAAAAGACUAAUUAGGUUUUAUAGAGAAAUACGAAUCCCGAAUCAUGUUAAAAUCCAUGCAAUGUCAAUUCCGAAUUGUGUCCUUUAUAAUACAUUGAAAAAGGUUUUUGCAUUAUCUAGUUUAAAAACUAUAGUAGGUUCUAGAACAACGUAAUUUUAGGAACCUUUCUAAUAAUCUAAUAAUCUUAUAAUAUAAUUUACUAUAGAAUAGAUAUAUAAUAAAAUUUCAUAUAUUAAAUAAUUUUAUAUAUUUUAUA